CUGAAACGCCUGGGCGUCAAAGACAGCGAGCCGAGCGCACACCAGGGUUUGGCACUUGACAUUCUCAAGUCUUUUGACGACACUACGUUUCCUAGUGAAUCAACUUAAAUUAUUACAAGGCCCUAGCAUCCCAAUAUUAAGAUGGAUAGCGACGAGGAGAAGCCGAGAGGCGGCGGAGGCGGGGAGGUGCUGGACUUUGGGUUUGAUGAAGAGGAAAAGCCUAUUGGUGGCCGUCGGGCCAAGAAGCUCAAGGAGCAGAAGAAGAAGAUGAAGGCUGGAACUUUCGACAGCAUGGGCUUCUCGCCCGACGUGCUGCGCGCCAUCAAGCGCAAGGGCUACCGGCUGCCCACGCCCAUCCAGCGGCGCGCGAUGCCCAUGAUCAUGCAGGGGUUGGACGUGGUGGGCAUGGCGCGAACCGGCAGCGGCAAGACAGCCGCCUUCGUGCUGCCCAUGAUCCACAGGCUUAAGGAGCACAGCAUCCGCGCGGGCGCCCGUGCAGUCAUCUUGUCGCCCACACGUGAGCUGGCGCUGCAGACGCACAAGACGGUUCGUGACCUGUGCAAGUACACCAGCCUGCGCACCGCCUGCCUGGUGGGCGGUGACUCCAUGGAGGUGCAGUUCGCGGAGCUGGCAGCCAACCCCGACGUCAUCGUGGCCACGCCAGGUCGCCUGGCGCACCACCUGGAGGAGGUGGAGGGCCUCAGCCUGCGCGCCGUGGAGUACUGCGUGUGCGAUGAGGCGGACCGCAUGUUCGAGAUGGGCUUCAUCGCGCAGGUGUCUGAGCUGCUGCGCAAGAUGUCUCCGGGCCGCCAGACGCUGCUGUUCAGCGCCACCAUGCCGUCCACGCUGGCGGAGUUCGCCUCCGCCGGCCUAAACGCGCCGCAGCUGGUGCGGCUGGACACGGAGCGCAAGAUAUCGCCGGAGCUGGGGCUGGCCUUCUUCACGUGCAGGUUUGAGGACAAGGUGGCUGCCAUGCUGCACCUGGUGCGCGAGGUGGUGCCCGCCAACCAGCUGACCAUCCUGUUCACGGCCACGCGCCACCACGCCGAGUUCCUGUACACGUUGCUGCUCAAGGAGGGCGUGGACGCGGCCUGCGUGUUCGGAAGCAUGGACCAGACCGCCCGUAAGAUCCACGUGGCCAAGUUCCGCGCCGGCCGCAGCCACCUGCUGGUCACCACGGACGUGGCGGCCCGCGGUAUCGACAUCCCGCUCAUCGACAACGUCAUCAACUUCGACUUCCCGCCCAAGCCGGAGCUGUUCGUGCACCGAGUGGGCCGCGCCGCGCGUGCGGGCCGCUCGGGCACGGCGUACAGCCUGCUCACCCGCGAGGAGCUGCCAUACCUGCUGGACCUGCACCUCUACCUGUCCAGGGACGUCAAGCCCGCGCCGCUGGUGCCCGACAUGCCGGCGCCCGGCUCCGCCGCGGAGGGCGCCGACGCCGCGGCGCUGGCGGCCGCCGCCACCAGCAGCAGCUCCGAGUCCGUGUACGGCAGCCUGCCAGCGGUGGUGCUGGACCCGCUGAUUGAGCACGUGCGGGAGCAGGUGCAGGCGUCGGCGGACCUGGAGGGCAUGCUGCGCACGCUCACCAAUGCCUGGAGCAUGUACUGCAAGACUCGGCCACAGGCCAGCGCGCAGAGCGUGCGGCGCGCGCGGGCGCUGACCAAGGAGGGCGUGCACCCCAUGCUGCUGGCGCUGCUGCCCAAGACCAAGUACACGCAGAUCGAGAACGAGGUGGCGCUGGCUCAGUUCACGGAGCGGUUGAAGACGUUCCGCCCCGCCGCCACCGUGUUUGAGGCCGAGAUCGCGCGCGUCAAGUCCACGUUCGCCAACCCACUGCUUCUGGAGGGCGGCAGCGGCGCGCUGGGCCGCGGCGGCAAGAGCACUGAGGUCAUGGCCACCAAGCGCGCCGCGCACGCGCACAUCAUUGAGAAGGAGCGGCAGAAGAAGAUGCGCCUGGAGGCGGACGAGCAGGUGGCAGCCAGCCGUCGCAGUCGAGGAGGCGAGGAGGACGAGCGCGACGAGGGCGAUGAGGAGGAGGACGACGACGAGGACGGGUACGGCGGCAGCGGCGAGGACGAGGAUGGGAUGGGCGGCUCGGACGACGACGACGACGACGGCGAUGAGGACCAGGGGGAGGACGAGGAGGACGGCGGCGCGGGGCGGCGUGGCUCGGGUGCGGGUGCAGGGCCCAGCGGGCGCGGCGGCGCAGGCGCGGCGGCUGGAGGCAAGAAGCAGAGCGCGCGGGCGGCGGCGUCCGCAGCGGCGGCGUACGGCGACGGUGUUGUGGCGGAGGGGCGGUACAGGGACCCGGGCCUGUACAUCAGCCACGUGCGGGACGGGCGGCUCCACGACGAGCAGUUCGAGGUGGAGACACGCGCCGCGGAGCUGCAGGCGGCGGUGCUGGACCUGACGGCGGAGGACCAGCAGGGCAUGUCGGACCAGAAGCGGCGUUACCACUGGGACAAGCGCAGUAAGAAGUACGUGCUGCGCGGCACGGAGGACACGCAGCGCAAGGGGCGCAAGGUCCGCAACGAGGCGGGCAAGGUGGUGCAGCUGCGGGAGGAGGCCAAGGGAGAGCUGUACAAGAAGUGGAGCAAGUCCCACCACAAGCGCGUGGCGGCGGCGGGCGAGGAGGAGGACACGGAGCGCGGCGGCGGCGGGCUGGCGUCGCGGUUCGACAAGAAGAACCGGCACGUCAGCUUCAAGCGGGAGGGGUCACCGGGAGCAGGCGGGGGCGGCCGCGGCGGCCGGGGUGGCCGCGGAGGCCGGGGCGGCCGCGGCGGGCAGCAGCCGCUGGGGGCGCGCAACGCCGGACUCAAGACGGAAGACCAGGUGCGCAAGGAGCGCAAGGUGGUGGAGCGGCGGAAGGCCUGGCUGCAGCACAAGCAGCAGAAGGGCGGGCAAGGCGGCGAGGAGCGCGGCGGCGGCGGCGGCCGGGGCGGCGGUGGCCGGGGCGGCGGUGGCCGGGGCGGCGGCGGCGGCCGGGGCGGCGGCGGCCGAGGCGGCGGUGGCCGGGGUGGGCGUGGUGGUGGUGGUCGUGGCGGGGGCGGGGGCGGUCGUGGGGGUAGCAUGGGCGUGCGCGGUGGCGUGAGCAAGGGUGGCCGGGGUGGCAGCCGGGGCGGCGGCCGGGGCGGGGCUCGGGGCGGCGGUCGUGGGCGUGGGCGGCGGUGAGCCAUGAAGUGACACAGCCCACC